CACACACACACACACACACUUACACACACACACACACAGGCCUGAGUUCAGAUCUCAGAACUCUGAAGACGGAAGAGGCAACAAACAAAAGAGACAGGGUUGUGUUCCAGUUCUGGCACAUUCAUCACGUCUGGGAAAAGAAGACAGCGGCGGGUGAAGGAGGUGACUAUGUGGAAAAACUGUGUCAGUCAACACCGUAAGCUGCCAGGAAUCAUAGAAGCAUGGGGACUCUGCUAGACACCAUGUUGAUCCCGCUGCUGUGAGAACAAGCGAAUCUGCUCCAAUUUUUUCCAGACCUCACCCUCCUCUCGAACCACCAAGUUCCUCCCCACUCCUUCUCCCUGUCACCUCAACUUUCCCCCCUUCUCUGCUCUAUUUCUUUUUUCAGAAGAAACCCAUUUCCUUUCCCAUCAUGCAUAGCAGGUGGUGUGCCCCCUCUGCCUUCCCCUGCACCUUCCUCUUUCUCCUCCCGGCCUUCUUUCUCCUCCCGGCAUCAGUGCAGGGUGACUGCUGGCUCAUCGAGGGGGAGAAAGGUUAUGUGUGGCUGGCAAUCUGCAGCCAAAAUCAGCCUCCUUACGAGACCAUCCCGCAGCACAUCAACAACACGGUGCACGACCUGCGGCUGAACGAGAACAAGCUGAAGGCCGUGUUCUUCACCUCGCUGAGCCGCUUCACCAACCUCACCGACCUCAAUCUCACCAAGAACGAGAUCUCCUACAUCGAGGAUGGCGCUUUUGCUGCGCAGGCCAACCUGCAGGUGUUGCAGCUGGGCUACAACAAGAUGACCAACGUCACUGAGGGGAUGAUGAGGGGCCUGGGCCGCAUGCAGUGCCUCUUCCUCCAGCACAACCUGAUUGAGGUCAUCUCCACCAACGCCUUCUGGGAGUGCCCGAGCCUCAGCAGCAUCGACCUGUCCUCCAACAAGCUGGCGCGCCUGGACCCCUCCACCUUCACCGUACUCAAUCGGCUCAUGGUGUGCGAGCUGGCGGGGAACCCUUUCCAUUGCGGCUGCGAGCUCUACGGCUUCCUCACCUGGUUGGAGGCCUUCAACAACGUCACCCACACCUACGACCGGCUGCAGUGCGAGUCGCCCCGGGAGCUGUACAACUACCCCCUGCUCAGCCCCCUACCGGGCCACGGGCGCAACGCGAGGAACAUGCUGUCGUCAAUCUGCCGGGACGGGGUGUUCAUCCCUGGGAUGACGUCCCUCCCCCCAGACCCCGACUCCUCUGGCAUGGGGCCGGACUUUAUGGACCGUGUCGGGCUGUACCCGCAGCCCACGACGUCGUCUUCCUCCAUGGACGCACUCGGUCCCAGCCUCAAGCUGCGCCAUGUGUCCUUCUCAACAGCCUCCCUCCUGGUGAUGAUCCCCAAGCCGUUCAGCAAAAUGUACAUUCUGGUGCAGUACAAUCACACGUACGUGUCCGAUGUCAUGAACCUGAACAAAAAGAAGGAGAUCAUCACUCUGAACAAGCUGAAGUCUCACACGAACUACACUUUCUGUGUGGCGUCCAUCCGCAACUCGCAGCGCUACAACCACACCUGUUUGAGCUUUGCCACACCCGUGCCAGAGGACGUGCCCCCCACACCGUCCACCACCACCCACUACAUCGUGACCAUCGUGGGCUGCCUCUUCGGGAUGGUGAUCAUCCUCGGCCUGGUCUACUACUGCCUGCGGAAACGUCGGAUGGCAGAGGAAAAAGAAAAGUCCAUCUGCGUCAAGAAGACCAUUCUGGAAAUGAGGUACGGCCCCGAGGCGGCCGCGGCAGUUGCCAACGACCCCUCAGGGGUGCAGAAGCUCCACGAACAGGCCCACCACCAGCACCACCACAGCAAGAUGCCCAUGUCCUCCUCCUCCAGCUCGGGCAUGCUGCACGGCUCGGGCAACACCAGCUCCUCGCGCCUCUCCACCAUUCCCCAGGUGGAGAAGAUGGCCACGGCCUUCUCUGAGGCAUUGGGCAGCAGCAAGGGGAACUACAUGGAUGUGAGGACCUUUGGGGGUGGGGACGACAGGUGCCGAGAUGGGAAGGGGGGCCAAUGUUUGAGGGAGCAGGACCUCCGUCAGGAUGACGGGAGCGACCUGGGGGACGACUCGGAUGACGACGGCCGGGGCUCCACCUCGGAGAUCUCCACCAUCGCCAUGGAGGUGGACAAAGUCAACCAGAUCAUCAACAACUGCAUCGACGCGCUCAAGCUUGACUCUGCCGCGGUGGCAGCCGCCUCAAACACGGCCACCAUGGCCUCUGUAAACCCCACCUCCUCUCCACCCACGUGCACCUCCUCCCUGACGAAAGGACUCAUCCCCCACUCCCCAGGAAUAACGGAAAACUGCCACAGGGUGCCGUCCCCUAAAAUCCCUCCGCCACCUCCGCUGCCUUUUCCAGGCUCCAUGGUCGAGAGGCCAGGGAUCACAGGCGGAGGCUUCAUGUCGCCCCCUUACCGCCCGCCUCCCCCCGCCAGCGCUGUACGGCCCAUUCAGAGACAGAUGAGUGCAGAUGCUGCCAUGAUAGUUGGCGCUGGAAUGAAGUAUUCCGGCUUGUCCUGCGGAGUAUCCGGCAAAGGUGGCCGCGUCUACAGCCUUGAUGUCCCUGAGCCCCGAAGCCCAGACCCCUGCCAGUACCAAGAUAAGGGCAGCCCUAUUGGUUGUGGGGAGCCCUUGGAGAGGCUUCCUCUGGUGGGGCCCGGGAGUGGGGGUGGUGGGUACAACAUGGAUGGUGCUGGCAUGGAUGGAAUAGCCAUGCAGCAGCAGCACCUGGAGGCGCACCCGGACUACCACUGCUCGGAGCACCGUCACUCAGUCCCAGCGCUCUACUACGAGGGCUUGCAAGAUUCCCCGGCCCAGAGGGCCUCCUUCCUGAAGCCCCUCUCGCGCUCCAAGAGGGACGCUACCUCGUACUCGCAGCUCUCACCACGCCACCAGAACUACGAGGGGUACUCCUCCAGCCCCGAGUACUCGACAGAGAACACGCUCCGGAUAUGGGAACGCUUCCGCCCGUACCGGAAAGGCCCACGCGACGAAUCGUGCUACGUCACAGCUGGCAACGCCCUUCGCAAGAAAGUCCAGUUCGCCAAGGGGGAAGAUCUCCACGACAUCCUUGACUACUGGAAGGGUGUCUCUGCACAGCAGAAGCUGUGAGCAGUCAUCCCACACUGCCUGCUGGUCUUUGGUCUCCAUGGUGUUGGUCCGUGAUGCCUAAGAAGGGCUCUGAUUGGCUGUUGGCUCCAGAAUCCCUCUGCCUGGUGACAGUGAGAUCACAUGCAGAAAAACAAGACUUUUUAUGGACUAUCUAUGUACGAAGAAGACAAACCACCACAGUAGACACUAUUCCCUUUGGAGAGCUGUGCGUCUUCCUUUCUGGAGGAAGCAAUCACAAGCAAAAGACUGGAUUAGGGGGUAUAUCAGAGAAAAUCACUUUUCUGACCAACUGCAAGAUGUAACAUUACCCAAGAGGGGUACUGCUACCGGAGGCUUACUGUGACAAAACCCCACUAGCAAUCAUAGGAAUGCAACAGUAGGGAUCCAUCCAUGACUGCCAUUCAUACAGACAAUGUUUCUUUUUUUUAACAAUAAACUUGUCAGGCAUGGAGGGUGAUGAAAGUGUCUUCCUUUUCUUAGCAACCGGAAGUUGAUGAACAAAAAUCUGUCUACGCCUCUGUACAAAACGAUUGCCCGCUAUUAUGAAGACCCAGUUUUAAAACUAAGAGAAAUGUUGUAUAGAGGACCAUUGUUGAAUCCCGUAACAGUGUGCCAGGAUGGGGAUUUUGAUAUGAGUAGUUAUUCCUUUUUAAGAUGUUUUUUUUUGUUCUGUUCUUUUUCAGAGGAGCAAAAGACUGCAGCCCUGUAAAGUGCUCUCCUCUUCAAGGACACUGUGUUAUAAAAAUAACGUUUUCUGAAUGUUUACAUGCUCUUCAAUCAAUAUGUUCUUGCAAACUGAAUAGACAGAAAACAGCCUUGGACAUUUGAUGCUGAUGUUUCCCCCUUUCCCAGCCUCUCGUCCAUUAGCAUGACUGUGAAAGGUCUAAUUAGUAUUCCAGGCUAAUUAUCCCCUUUCUUUUUUUCUUUUUUUUUUUGGCCAUCUCCAAUUUUAUACAUGGACGGCGCGUCUUCACAUUUCCAUGCAUGUCUAUUAUGGCCCAUUGAUGCUAAUCUUUGUAAUUUGUGGUCUUUUUAAGAAAUAUUUUUAUGUACUAAGAAAUGUGUACAGGAAGUGUAUAAAUGUUGCUGUAAGAUGACUUAAGAUGAUCUCACUCCAGCCUAACCUGAUUUCUAUAUUAAGUAUAUAGGAAGACAAUAAAUGGACCAUCGUCAUA